AUGGCACAAACCCAAUCCCCGCGUGGCACCGGAAAGAGCCCGUCUACGACUCUGGAAGUUGCCCAUGCGGAAUGUUUUCGAACAAUAGAGGAACUUGAACGCGAAAACCAAGCUCUUCGUGAGGAAAAAGAAGACUUGCAGACGCAGCUCCAGGAGGCACAGAACUUCGAACUCUCUGACAGAAUGAACACUAUUGUGCAGCAGAUGCAGGAGGCUAUCAGCAACUUUCAGCGACAACUAUGGGACCUGGAGGGCACCUCCGCUCUGCCAGACGCUACUGCACUUGGCAACAUGUGGACAGACCAGGAGGGUAUGGGUGACAUGGAGGACCCGAAUUUAUCAACGGAAGAUAUGAUGAACUUAACCACGCUGUAA